GAAAUUUGCCCGACUUUUCCCGCUUAUUAAAUAAUUUAGCGCUUUCUCAAUUCUCCCGAAGUUCGGACGAAGCCAUUCCUUGUUUAAUAAAUUAUCAUAGCAUUAAUAACACAGAUCCUUUGCCGUCAAUCAAGCGAAAUAAUUGACAAAUCAGAAUUUUCCGUCCACCAUGUAGUGGGCGGACAGUAUUUCAAGCUUCCCUGCCAUUGCGUGCCCGCUAAUACCGCCUGUAUGCAGGCUAUACUAUCAACUAAAACCUACACAUUGAUUUCACAUUUCGACACCUUAUUUUUCACCCUGCUCGGUUUCCUUUGUUCUUAUCGGGGAAUAUAUUCAAUAUUCCCCUCUAAUCAAUUUCCUCUAAUAACCCUCUCUAAUAUUCUGCUACCUUUACUGGUAAUGAACACUAAAAUAAUGGGUACAUCCUCGGGUAGAAGAAUUUGCAUCACAGACUACGUCAUCAGUUAGUUAUAGCGAUUAGUUUUGAGGUUAGGGUAAGGGUUAGGGUAAGGGUUAGGGUUAGGGUGAGGGUUAGGGUAAGGAUUAGGCUUAGAGAUAGGGAUUUGGUUAUAUCUGACGCCACAAACAACACAACUAGCCGAUCACGUGAUCACUUCUCCUCUACCCGAGGAACUACCCAAAAUAAUCUGCUAAUAAUAAUAUGUUCUCAAUUUAGUAUUAUUUGAUGAUAAAAAAUAAUAUUAUGUUAAACUUAUAAUAAAGCGGCUAUGAAUUAUUCGCAAACAUGUGCCCUCAAGGUAUCGGAUAAAGAGAGUGCCAAGCAGACUCACAGAUCAUUAGCUACGCUGCUUUAAUAGAGAAGAAGCCAAUUUUUUUUUCUUCUUUGUGACAACUAUUGACUUAGUUCGGUGUGAUAAGGUGCAGACCAUUUACCAUUUAAAUCAUGACUUUAUUAAACCACUGAAACUGGUAAAAUUGGUAGGUACAACAGGUUACUCCCAACGUUCGGUGGUCAGGUCCUGAAUGGGCAGGUUCACAUGUUUCAGACCUGAAUCCAAGUAACUCAAAUCCCUAUAUAUCAUUAGCUGACCACGUCUGCACCUAACCAUCCACACAGGUAAGUUGGUUCUCUCACGCACGAGGAGUGUGGAAUAAUGAAAUUCUCUGUGUUCGGUCAAUCUUAAAUGACAUAGCCUGCGUGGCAGGCCCUCAGUUUUAUGGGGGGCCUGAUUUGCAACGGGCAGGAUUCCCUCAAUCCUCCCCCCACGCCCGCCAGAAUCCUGCCCGUUGCAAAUCAGGCCCCCCAUAAAACUGAAGGCCUGCCACGCAGGAAAAAUGACAUAGAUCGACAUUGAUCUUGGCAUUGAUCUUGACAUUGUUCUGUAGUUAAAAGUACUCGAAAUUUCCUGCUUCCCCCUGGCGCGCCAAGGAUUAAGAUAACAAUAUUAUCCUGUCUUAUUUUAUCGUGUGACAAAAAAAAAUAUUUCCUAGGAAAUAUUUUUAUUUAACUAACGUUUCGUUUAACUCUCAAAAUAAGUGAUUCUGAUUGUUUUCCACCAACUAUAGUUAACUUCAACUACUUUUUAUACAACCAGUCAGUACAUAUUUCCGAUAUGCCUCGAACAAAAGUCUUCCAUGUCUUAUAGAACCAAUCAGAAUUUACAAGAAUAAAACCGAGCAAAAUCAUCUUUUGAAUUGAAUAUCAUCUAUUCUAAAUACUUUUAUCACUUGAGUUGACUUUUUUCUUUAGGGUCGAAUGCACGAGUUCAAGCUCAAAUAUUAUUACGGAUAAAAACCAAGGCAAGUGUCGUGUUUUGUUUAUUUGAUUUACUUAUAUUUACCUGAAUUAGAUUUUUAACCGGUUAAAAAUUGAUUUUCUUUACCUGAAUUAUGGUUUGGUUGGGUGGGGAACAGGCCAGACGAAUCCGAUUUUGAGCAGGGGCUGGUGUUCCGUGAACAUGCUUGGCCAGAAAAUUCAGAAAUAUCUAACACAACAGCUACAGUGGAAGGGUCAGUUAGGACUAAUUCCUAACGGAUCGUUUAGGGCUAAUCUCAACAUAUCCCGUGGGAGGAAACCAGAGUACCCAGAGAAAACCCACGACUAUAUAUCGUUCGAGCGUUGACUCUUCUCACAUAAGUAGCAUACGAUCUCAGAGGUGAAAAAAGCACUUGCUCUAACCAUUGCGCCACCGAAGCCCCGGGUGAGGAUUUAGGACGCGAGUUAGAUUGGGAUUAAAUUAAGAUUAAAGUAUAGUAUCAGGGUAGGUUAUACAAUAGGGUUUGAACAGGGUUAAGAUAAGAUUUAAGAUUUGAGCUGGGAUAAGGGUUGAUUGGGAUCAGUGUCCGGAUUAGGUUAAGGUUAGGGUUAUGUAGGAUAAGAGUUGAGGAUUAGGAAUAGAGUGACGAUUAUGGUUAAGAUGUAAAGAUGUUGCUGUUGCUAAUAUGGAAAUAACCCUACUAUAUCAUGUUUCUUUCAUAGUGUGCAGUAAACCAAAGGAACUUGGAAUGCGAAAUGGUCUGAUCAGUGACUCGCAAAUCUCGGCGUCAUCUCAGUGGGAUAGCAACCACAGCCCAAGCAAUAGCAGACUGUUCUAUGCACCCCAUAAUGGUAGAACAGGAGCUUGGUCGUCCAAAACAAAUGAUGUCAAUCAAUGGUUACAGAUUCAUUUUAAGCGACUAACUGCCAUAGUUGGAGUCAGUACCCAGGGCAGAGCAGGACUUACUCAGUUUGUUAAAAGCUACACACUGUCUUACAGCCAAGAUGGAUCAACAUUCCAAUCCUAUACAUCAAAUGGUCUUCUCAAGGUAAAUAUAUAGUUAUAUAGCCGAUUUAUAAAUUAAAUGUGAGUGUGCGUAACUGCACGCAACUUUGCUUUAAUUUAAAGGAUUAUUAUAAUAUACUCAAUGUGAGUGCAUGAUAUGAAAAAAUAUCAAGGCCUCAGUUAGUGUUAUCAACGUCAGCCUUUGGUUUCGUUUACAACACAAACCUUCAUUCAAUAAUUGCUGCCGCAGCGAGCGAACAUUCAGCGGAAAAGGCAGCAGAUUAAAAUAACACAGUUACACAGGUAUACACAUGUUGGUUCCAAUUGAAAGAUAACCACAAUGCAAAGCGAAAAUGUUGCACAAAGUUACGAAUUGUGUUUGAAAGCAAAAACGAUAUUAGCCGAGGGUGAGUUUAAACUAGGUUACCUAUAAAAUGUAGUAAAUGCUGCCUUUUUAACACAACACCUCCACUCUCCAGUGUGUCGAGGUCAAGAAAGAUAGAGGCGAGACAACACCGUGCAUCUCGAUAAUUUGCCUCUAAAAUUUAAUUUACCGUUUGUCGUACGAAUUGUUUCCACUUCCACGGUUCUGCAUCCAACAUUAUUCAGUUUUACCAUCAAGCCAAAAUGUUAUUCUAAUUGUGAAUCUAAUUGUGUAUAUAAAUGCUAGUUGCUAUCAAUCGUGCAUAGGCCUAUAUUCCAUUUUGCGUCCGACAUAAAAUAUAGACAACAAGCUGAAUACACUUCAUUGCUAGCAUCAGUGGCACCGUGGGUCCCAUGUCACAAUUUUCCGAUGGCUCUCAACAAUAGGGGGGGGGGGGCAUGACCAUAACGACAUAUUACCAUAACGACAGUAUUGAUAUUGAUUCUUAUCAUAACAUUAACAGGUAUUUACUGGCAAUUCCGAUACAGAUACAGUUGUUGAUCACAGUCUACCCACAGCAAUUAUUGCCAAAUAUAUCCGAGUUCAUCCUAAAACCUGGCAUGGUCACAUUUCUAUGAGGGUGGAAUUCAAUGGAUGUUACAUCGGUAAAUAUAUACCUUAGCUUUUAUUUUAUAAAUAUUACCAGACAUUCAACAUCUAAGUGAAAAGGUCCAAUAAUUAUAUCACAAGCAGACUUCUUGAACAGAUAAGAAUGAAGAGAGUAGUAAAGGUCACAAGUUAUAUCCUUGAUGCAGGUCUUAUAUCCUUGAAAUAACCAGUAUAUAAGAAUUAGGAGGAACAGUGGAGAUAUAGUGUAUUUCCUCUAUUUAGUCAUCCUUCUAAUUGGCCCCAGUCUAUAAAGAAACCCUGAAAAGAAAUAAGCCCGAACCCUCUAUUAUAUAAACUUGUAAAGAAAUUUGAAUGCAUGCAUACUUAUAACAUUCACUGAUAUAGCUAAAUAAAGAUACAUUAUAUGAAAAUUUCUCCAGAUGUUUGCCUAAUGAUGAUUUUGCAAGUUAACAUUUUUUUAAAGAACAUGGAAAUUUAUUACGUCCCCAGCCUCUAUUUUGCCCUCUCCACUUCUAAUAACCCCCAGUCCAGAAUCACUAGAAUUUUAGGUAUACUGGUAUAUUGAGCCAGUAUUAUCGAGUAUAUUGGUAGUAAAUUUUUAAUGUGCUGGAUAAGUGAAGAAUUUUUUUGUAGUAUGAAAACGAUCGAUAUUUCCGAUCUCUCAUGAUAAUCAAUUAUAAAUCAUUGGGGCCGUUAUCGCCGAAAUAUAAAUCAUUGGAGAUACUGAUUAUUCGAGUACCCCCAAAUUAUAGAUGGUUGAUUAACGUGAUGAUAAAGAUUGCAAAUACAAAUUAAAUAUUAUAUAUAUAAUUGUGGAAAUUUAAUGUAUUUUCAAUUGGUAUAGAUUUACUCCAUAUUUUUACUGUAGUUAACUGAAAACAUUUUAUAAAUGUCUACUAUAAUCUACAUCGCUUGCAGAUUGCACGAAGCCUGGCAAACUAGGCUUAGAAAAUGGAAGAAUUCGCGACCGUCAAGUUAGAGCAUCAUCUAACUAUGAUUCAAACCAUCGUGCACAAAAUGGACGUCUGAACUUUAUAGCGCACAAUGGCAGAACAGGGGCGUGGUCAGCCAAAUAUAAUAAUGUGAACCAAUGGUUAGAAGUUGAUCUUGAACAGCUAGUCGUAAUCACUGGUAUAUGCACACAAGGUCGUGCCGACUCCUGUUGUAAUCAGUUUGUCAAAACGUACAUUAUUUCAUACAGCAUGGAUGGCGUGGUAUUUCAAGCAUACAAAGAGCAAAAUCAAGUUAAGGUAAGAAAAGGAAGCAAUUAAAAUUAACAUGCAUUUUUCUAAUUAAAAUGUAAUACCGCCUGACGUUUUGCUAUACUCGACUCUCUUGACUGGCUAGAGGCUGGUGCUCUUAAAAUUGUAUUGGAGUGUAUUUGUCUUAACUACGUAAUAUAUAGAUUAUAUAUUAUCUUGUUUGCCUUUACAUUAAUUGGUUCAUCCCCGUAUGUCAAUGCCGAAGAUUACAUAAAUUUGUCGUUCUUCAAUUACUUUGUUGACUUCACUGCGAAUGGUAUUACAUAUAAUCUGUGCCAGGCUGUCAACAACAGAGAUGGUAUACCACAUAAUGGGGGGCUGAGAAGACAUCGCACCUAUCUGUAAAUUAAACAGCUAAUUAUGCAUGUUUGCAUGCGCAUUUCUAGGUUUUCAGUGGUAAUACAAACCAACUUUUAAUGGUACAUCACGAUUUCUCUUCACCAAUCCUUGCUCGAUACAUUCGCAUCCAACCAAAGACUUGGAACGGACACAUAUCUUUGAGAAUGGACCUUUUUGGAUGCUAUAAAGGUAAUAUAUACCUCCUCAUGAUUAUUUGUGCUUUAGUAUAUACAGCACAUGCAUACUCUUCAAGUGUGUUCUUCUUUUUUCUUUUCCUGAACUUAUGGGUUGGGCCUGCAUGUAACUCGAGAUUUUGCAUCAUUUUCCUUAAGUCAAAAUGUCAGAUCUCUUCGAUAAUCUUCUUAAUCCAUCACUCCUCUCUUGUCUUCCUCUUCACCAAUUUUCUACGCUAAUUUUCUACCAUCCAUUCUAAUAAAAUGUAUAUAUAUAUAUAUAUAUAUAUAUAUAUAUAUAUAUAUAUAUAUAUAUAUAUAUAAUAUAUAUAUAUAUAUAUAUAUUAUAUAUAUAUAUAUAUAUAUAUAUAUAUAUAUAUAUUAUAUAUAUAUAUAUAUUAUAUAUAUAUAUAUAUAUAUAUAUAUAUAUAUAUAUAUAUAUAUAUAUAUAUAUAUAUAUUUGAAUAGAUUGUGAUCAUGAUACAAAGGACCUGGGAAUGCGUAGUGGUAACAUCCAGGUCUCACAAAUCACAGCUUCGUCGCAAUGGGAUUCCAACCAUGGCCCGAAGAACGCUAGAUUGUUCUUUACAGCACGAAAUGGAAGAUCAGGAGCUUGGUCUACAAGACCAAAUAAUCUUAACCAAUGGUUACAGAUUGAUUUCAAAGGACAAACUGUUGUGGUUGGUAUCAGUACUCAGGGAAGAGAAGAUGCUGGUUCACAGUGGGUCACAACCUACAUGUUGUAUUACAGCAUCAACGGGGUAUCAUUUUUCCCUUACAAAAAUGUUGGCCAAGUCAAGGUAGGUACAUUAUUAAAUAUCAUAGCAGAGUGGUGUUGGUAGCACAGUGGAUCUGCGAUCAGGGUUCUAUUUAUGCAUUCCUAUUAUCAAUUCGACUUAUUCCUGUGUAAAAGGAUCUUUCCAGUUUGAAUUUACCAACGCCAUAGGUUAUACUAUAUAGGAGGAAGUGGGAGUGUCCGAUAAACACAUUAAGAGAUAACCCUUAGCAUUUCUAGGCAUUCUAAAGACAGCGGUUUCGAAAUGAUUAGUUAUUCAGUAUUCAUGUGAUAUCUUUGAAGUAACUAUUAAGUGACAACUUUUAAUAUUGCGUUUUGAAUAAAAUAUUGAGUAUUCUUAUCAUCAGUGAUAUUUAAUAGACAUUAUUUUGAGAGCGCAUGUAGGAUGCAAUACUAAUGAUACAGACGGUUUAAUGUUACUUUAGGUAUUCAAUGGUAAUACAGAUAAACAUUCUGUAGUUCACAAUGUUAUUUCACCUCCCAUCGUCGCUCGAUAUAUCAGACUUGAACCAAAGUCAUGGAAUGGACACAUUUCUCUUCGUGUUGAAUUUUAUGGAUGUUGAACAAUAUUCGCAACAGUGAGUGUAAUUAGUAAUAUAAUUUCAUCUUGAUUUUCCCCUAUAGUUAGCUAUUUAAAAUUAGCUGGUGUUCUCGAAUGUUUAUAUGUUUUCCUCACAAUCAUGAAGCUGAAUAUAAAAUGUUUCUUUGUCUUAAAGUUAUACAUUCUCAGUCGAAACUCCACAACAUAAAGGGAAACAAUAUGUUUACUGAACACCAGCACUUAGUAGGUUUAGGAAUAUUUCCAUACCAAAUAGCUUGGCAGAUACUUGCUAGUGGUGAAACGUGUUUGAGUAUAAAAUGACCAAACCGUAGCUGUCUAAACAGCGAUAGUCACAUGUAGGCCCUGCGUACCUAUUUUUAUAUAUUCAGCCAUAUUAAGGCCGUUUUCCACUGGGGACUGGGCGUAAUUUUCCGCGCGGAGCGGAAUUUCUCUUUGUCAGUUCAGUUCCACCCGGGAAAUCACAAGACAAAGAAAAAUUCCGCUCCGCGGGCAAAAUACACGCCUUUACACACAUGAAAAUUUUUAUCCAACUUUAAACAUUAAUUUAUUUUCAUUGAACAGCUUUUUAAGGCGUUUACAAUACUGGCGCAUGCAUAUACAGGGAGAAAACGUAUCCGCAUAAUUUUAUAAUAUUUCCCCCCCCCCCCAAUUUUUAUAAAAGUCACUUGUCUUGUUUAUUUUCUAGGGACUUCCACUGGUUAUAUAGAAAGGAAAAUAUAUCAAUAGUUUUACUGCAUUGCAGAGUUGCACUGCACCAGUCAAUUUAAUCAUUUAUGGAAUUAUUAGACUAGUUCGUAUUCUAACAAUUAAUACGUAAUUUUUUUAUAUUAUUCUAAUACUGUUAUCAGUAUUUAGUAGGGUAAAAUAUAUAAGCUAUGUAACUUCAGGCUUAUUAUGACAAAUUUUUUGAUUUACAAAUUUAAUGAUUUUGGGCACAAUAUAUAUUAAACUGCAAAAGCAUAUAGUUUUCAUUUAUGUAUUAGUAUUUUUACUUCUUUUGCCUUUUCUCUCCGUAACUCCAAUCUCUUCAGGGAAGUUUGAAUCAUCAUAACCAUGCAUCCUCAUUAUAUCCAGUCAUAACAUAUCCAGUCGGUCUUCUUCUGGAUCUUUCCCCUUUACUUGACCUAAUUAUUUUUAUAUCGCUUAUUCUAAUCAUGUUGCCAUUCCAUUCUUGCUUUUCUUCUGUGUUUUUAGCAAUUCUUUAUUCCAGUUGUUGUGUCGGAGUGAGACAUUCUCAUAUCAGUCCUCUCUAAUAACUUCUUUCCUCAGUGCCCACACUUCAGCUUCAUGCAGCAGCACUCGACUUAAAAUUAAUCAGGCA